GUGGGGGGAUUAGGGACUUUUUUUUGUGCGCUAAGUUGUUCUUAUCGUUUAUCGGAAGAGUCUUGGCAUAGAAAAGUUCUAGCAGAAGUCACAAAUAUUUCAUUUCGCGCGCUCUUGGAACAAUCGAAACACCGACAAUCCUAAAGUCAACUUGUUACAUCAAAAUGGCAGAUACAAUGGAAUUGACAGAUAAAUCCCAUUUUAAUGGGGGAGUGCCAACCAAGCGAGCGAGGACAGAGCUAGUCACGUCAGAAUCAGAAUCGCAAUCACAGCUACGCCGCCGCAAGGAAGCCAAUAAAGCAUAUGGUCGGGGAGGAAAGAUUCCCAUACACUCGAUCAAGGAUAAAAAGCUACGAGGAAAUCUCAAAAAGCUCGAGGCCCGAAACAAAACUGCAAUACUUAGAGCAAAGGAUGCCGAAAUCCUGCUCGAAAAUGAAGAUGGAUUUUUAGAGCCGGAAAAUGAUUUGGAACGAACAUACAAGGUCCGACAGGAUGAAAUCAAACAGAGCGUACCUCUUGAGACAGCCAAAAAAGGCUUUGAACUUAAGUUGGAUCAAUUAGGUCCUUAUGUGUGUGACUACACAAGGAAUGGCAAGGACCUUCUAUUGGCUGGCAGAAAAGGCCAUGUCGCGACAAUGGAUUGGAGAGAAGGGAAAUUGGGAUGUGAAUUACAACUGGGAGAAACUAUCAGAGACGCAAAAUGGCUGCACAACAACCAGCUAUUUGCCGUUGCGCAAAAACAAUAUGUUUAUAUAUAUGAUGGAGCAGGGGUAGAAUUGCACUGUUUGAAGAAACAUAUCGAGGUUACGAAUAUGGAAUUCCUUCCUUACCACUAUCUUUUAGCUACUGUGGUAUGUAACAACUAGCUCAUUUAGCUGCGCAUAACUAACUCUUGCAGGGCAAUGCGGGACACUUAAAAUACCAAGACGUCUCGACUGGUCAAAUGGUAAUGGAGAUGCCCACGAAGUUGGGGUCGCCUACCUCUCUUACACAAAACCCUCGAAAUGCGAUCCUUCACAUGGGUCAUCAAAAUGGAACAGUCACAUUAUGGUCACCCAAUUCCACUACGCCACUAGUCAAGCUAUUGGCGCAUCGUGGUCCAGUACGAUCAUUGGCUGUUGACAGAGAAGGUAGAUACAUGGUUUCUACUGGGCAAGACAUGAAGAUGUCUGUCUGGGAUAUUAGAAUGUUCAAGGAGGUAAAUAGCUAUUUCACGCGACAGCCGGCUUCGUCAGUUGCGAUAUCCGAUCGAGGUUUAACAGCUGUCGGCUGGGGCACCCAGGUCUCAAUCUGGAGAGGCCUUUUUUCCAAAAGCUCUUUGGAACAAGAGAAGAUACAAAGCCCAUACAUGGCAUGGGGUGGUGAAGGAAAGCGAAUUGAACGUGUUCGUUGGUGUCCAUUUGAGGAUGUGUUGGGAAGUUCGCAUGAUUCCGGGUUCUCGUCGAUAUUGGUGCCAGGUGCUGGUGAGGCCAACUUUGAUGCUCUGGAAGUUAAUCCAUUUGAAACCACCAAGCAACGACAAGAAGCUGAAGUGAAGUCGUUACUCAACAAGCUUCAGCCCGAGAUGAUCUCGCUAGACCCUAACUAUAUUGGUAAUCUGGAUCUGAGAUCGGAUGAGCAGAGGAAGGCCGAGAAAGACCUGGACAAAAAGCCAGAAGAUCCUAUGGCUAAAAUCAAGAAUAGGGGUAGAGGAAAGAAUAGUAGCCUGAGGAAGUAUCUAAGAAAGAAGAGCUCCAGGGGUAUAAUCGAUGAGCAGAGGGAUAGGAUCGAAGAGCUGAGAAAGAGUCAGAUGCAAAGGGAGAAGAACAGGUUAAAAACAACUGAGGAGGAACUUGGGCCAGCUCUUAGUCGUUUCGCAAAGAAAAGUGCUUAGAAUAAUUUGGGACAUGCUGUUGAUAUCAUACACUACUGUACAAGGCGCUUCGAUGUAUAGUACAGUCAUGGGAAAACUCUGUGGCGCUUGGCGUUUGAAGGCAUUUGUAAGGCGUCAUCCGUUACUUGUAACGGAGAGUGAGAUUAGUUCAGUUGUCAAGUAAUGA